AACCAACCCAUCCAAACCAAAUCAAACUAAAAUACAGCAAUAAAAUGGAAUCAAAAAGAAAUAAAAUGAUAUAAAAGUGAAAUUUAUACCUCGUCUUUUGUUGUUACACCACGAAACACUCAGAGUGUAUGUAAAGUAACCUUUUAUUCAUUUUUAUUGUUCCUGUGCGACUGUGUUUGUCUCCUCCUCAAAAGAAACAAAUCAUCAAACAACAGCCAACAAUGGAUUCGACGGCAUUCAAAUACAAGCAUCAGUAUCAACAGCAGAAUCAGCAUUUUAACAUCAACAACAGCAGCAACAACUACAACAGCAACAAUCAUAAUAAUAACAAUCAAAAUUCAAUAUUCAUUUUGAAUACAGCAACCAAUAAUAUUUUGCCAAAUAAUCCGAAACUUUAUUAUUCGGAUUUAAAUGAUAAUAAUGUUGUAUCAUCACCAACUUCGUUGUCGUCAUCCUCUGCAUCCUCUACUACUGCAUCAUCGUCGGUUUGGUCGUCAGCCUCCUCCACCAUGUGUUCCCCUGCUGCUCAUGCCAUACAAAAACUGUUCAACUGUAGCAGUAAUAGUUUUAAAUUAAAUCAUGGAAAUUAUAGUGGAAUUGAAUCGAAAACAUUUAAAUCAAAGUCGGAAUUAUUAAAGAAAAAAUCAAAAUUUUGGAAAUAUUUAGAGGGAGAAGCCAAUGAUAAAAAUAUUCAACGAGGAAUUGAUGCCGAGGAAGGCACUCAAAAGAAGUUGCCAGGGAAGAGCCUUAAACUGAAAUCAAAAUAUUGGUCGAAAUCUUAUGAGAACGAUAAUCAAAAUCAACAGGACUUGUCCGAAUUAUUAGAGUAUUCAUGCAGUUUAUGCGACAACUGUCGAUGUAUGGACUGUCAGAUUGGCUAUUUUGAUUGUGAAAAUUCGGAUGACAGCAAUUCGGAAUAUUCAUUUCAAUUGAGCGCUUACGAAGAAGAUGAGGAUGAUGCUGAUAACCAUGAAGGCCAUAGUGAUAUUAUUGAACGAGCCAUGGAAUUGAAGACAUCUGCAGAAGCUCACAGUUGCUUAGAAGUGAAUUGUUGUAAUAAAAUGGACAAUAAACCGCAAACCAUCCAAAAACUACGAAUAGAUUCUAAAAUACCGCCUAACUGCAACAUGUCAUAUUGUGUAUGCAACGAGCUAAAUUGCACCAAGGCCGAAGAGUGUUGUCCACAAUGUUAUAUUGAAAGUGUUGAAGGUGUCGAUGGAGCUGGUGAAGCAGAGACGAAGAAUCAGCCAGAUUUUGUUACAACCCCUGACCAUCAUUAA